AGCGUCUGCUCUCUCAUUGCCUUUCACACCAGCAUAACCUGGGACAAAAUUGAUCAUAUUCCUAAAACAAAACUUAACACAACUUUUAAUUUUCCCUUACAGAGUAAUCACAUCACAACAAUACCAGCCGGAAGUCUACCAUCUAGUCUGGUGUCGUUAUCCUUGUUAGACAACCCCAUAGCAACAAUCGAUGACAACACUUUUAACGGAUCCGCCACAACUUUACGCUCCCUCUCAAUUUCAAGAGCCAACUUUUCACGAAUCCCGGAUGCAUUUGGUCAUUUAAAAAACUUGAAAUAUUUCGAUUUUUACGACACAAACAUUGUGGAUUGGAAUGAUGACGUUAUGAAGAAACUUGGUCAAACAAUGAUAAAUCUUGAUCUGGAAAAUGUUGGCUUGAAGAUGUGGCCCCACUGGUUGACCAACUAUUCCAAAUUGAAUGAUUUAACUGUGGACUUCCAUCAAAUUUCCUCACUUCCAGACGAUGCGCUAAACAAAAUGAUCUUUAACUUGUCAGGUCUGUCUAUUA